AUGAGUGAGUUGCGGUAUCGUCGAGGCGACGGCGACGGUAACAACAAAGCCGAAACGGCUGGAGAAUCCGAUCAUGUGGACUCUGAGGAGGAGAAGGUCUUAGAGGAGAAGUAUGUGGAAGAAAUGGCGAAAAAGCUCCCUCAAGGCACGGACAAGACGCCGGAAAUCCUUGACUCUGCUCUUUCGGGCUUGUCUUCAAGAUGGCGCAACUGGGUGAUUCGGGGCAUUUUCACCUGGCUGAUGAUUGGUGGUUUUUGCCUACUUAUCUAUGGUGGGCCACUGGCACUCAUGAUUACUGUACUCUGUGUCCAAGUGAAGUGCUUCGAAGAGAUCAUUAACAUCGGUUACGCCGUAUACCGAGUGCAUGGCCUGCCGUGGUUCCGCUCCCUCUCCUGGUAUUUCUUAUUGACAUCCAACUAUUUCUUCUAUGGAGAAAACUUGAUUGACUACUUUGGAGUCGUGAUUAAUAGGACGGACUACCUCCGCUUCCUAGUGACGUACCAUCGGUUCAUAUCCUUCAGUCUGUACUGCUGCGGAUUCGUAUGGUUCGUUCUCUCCUUGGUGAAACGCUACUACAUGCGUCAGUUCAGUCUAUUCGCAUGGACUCACGUCGCUUUGCUGAUCGUCGUUACGCAGAGCUACCUCAUCAUACAGAAUAUCUUUGAAGGUCUAAUAUGGUUCAUAGUCCCGGUCUCCAUGAUAAUCUGCAACGACAUGAUGGCGUAUGUGUUCGGCUUCUUCUUCGGCAAGACUCCUUUGAUCAAGUUGAGCCCAAAGAAGACCUGGGAAGGAUUCAUUGGCGGCGGAAUCUCAACUGUUGUCUUCGGUUUGGUGAUGUCCUACAUGAUGUCACAGUAUCCGUACCUGGUCUGUCCGAUCGAAUAUUCGGAGUCCCUCGGUCGUAUGACCAUGGAUUGUGAGCCCUCGCUUCUGUUCCGCCUGCAAGAAUACACUCCGCCGCAAUUCCUUAUGCCUGUAAUGAAAAUGGUAGGUCGCGAAAAAAUCACCAUGUAUCCGUUCAUGAUCCACUCGCUGGCUUUGAGCAUCUUCAGCUCCGUCAUCGGGCCAUUCGGCGGAUUCUUCGCUUCCGGAUUUAAGCGCGCUUUUAAGAUCAAGGACUUUGGUGACGUCAUUCCCGGGCACGGCGGCAUUAUGGACCGAUUUGACUGCCAGUUCCUGAUGGCCACCUUCGUCAAUGUCUACAUCACCAGCUUCAUCCGUACCGCCACGCCACAGAAACUGCUGCAACAGGUUUACAACUUAAAGCCGGAGCAACAGCUGCAACUCUUCUACGCGCUGAAGGAGUCUCUCGAGAACAGGAACAUCUUGAACAUGAUACCCUAAACGGUGUGGGUAAACAAUUUAUUGUAUUGUAUGAUGACAGAACACUUUUAUAUUGUACUAACGACUCAAAAUCAUUUUUAGAAAUCCUAAUAAUCCUGAAAGCUGGGUCUAAAGUUAAAUCCUGCCUCAUGAACAAAAAUAAAUUGACAAUGAAAAAAAAAUUGACUAGUGUUGUACGUAAAUAUUUUAAUUUUAGACUACAGGUUCGUGUUGGAACUGAAAAUUUAAAUUUCGAAAUCGAAUAUACAUUCUAUAUACUACUAAUCCCACCAAUGUACCGUUUUUUGGUAUUAGGACCGGCCUUCGGGCAUGACAGUCCACUUAAGGAGAAGUGAGGUAUGAUAAUAUCAUAACGUACGGAAACCUUUUAAAAUGCGGUAAUCGGAUUUCUGGAUCUCCUGAUCUUUUGAUCCGGAAUAACCAAUGCAGCAAGUGUUGCUUUGCAAUAGUAAUACACGUACUUAUUUUAGGACAAUAUAAAAGUAUUCUAAGGUUCGAACAUAUCCAGUGUUGUACCUUGAAAAGUAAACAUUUUGUUCUAGUCCAAAUAUUGUACAUUUAUUUGCUUUGGAAUAAAUAUGUUCCAUCUUUAUAAUACAUCUUAUUGACCCUUGAAAGAGUCUGUAUUGAAAUUUAAUUCAUAUUUUAGUUUGUUAAAAAAUAUUUGUAAAGAUGACAAUUUGCACUUCGCCGUCAUGUUGCAGAAUAUUAAAAAAAAAUUACAUCGUAAUUUUACCUUUGAUGUCAACUGUUCAUAGUAGGGUUCAUUUGUAACUUGUCAAUCUUUAAGAUGUUUAAUAGUACCAAAGAUUCAAA